CGCCGCUAAAUUUUUAAACCCCUUCCUAUUCUGCAUCGUUAUAUAUUCCCCACCCCCAAACACGCCCUUACUAUUUUUCCUAUUUAUUUAUUCCCCACCCUCAAGUUUCAAUCACAGGGAAACACACACUCACUAGCAAAGUUUCAGGAAAUUAAGGAAACAAUGUCUUCCAAUUUGUCAAAAGUUAUUGCAUGUUUGUUCUUUGUGUUGUCACUUAUAAGCUGCAAUGGCGAGCAAGGUUGGAAUGAAGCUCGUGCCACCUUUUAUGGAGGUGGUGAUGCCUCUGGCACUAUGGGUGGGGCGUGUGGGUAUGGCAAUUUGUACAGCCAAGGCUAUGGUACCAACACAGCUGCCCUGAGUACAACUCUGUUUGAGGAGGGGCAAAUGUGUGGGGCCUGUUUUGAGGUGAAGUGUGUGGACGACGAUAAGUCGUGCCUCGAGGGCUCGAUUAUGGUGACGGCCACCAAUUUAUGCCCGUCUAACAACGCCUUACCGAGCAAUGAUGGCGGGUGGUGCAACCCGCCCAACGUGCAUUUCGACCUCUCGCAACCCGUUUUUGAGAAGAUUGCCAAACAGGAAGCUGGGAUUGUUCCUCUGCAUUACAGAAGGGUGUCGUGCCAAAAGAAGGGAGGCAUAAGGUUCAGUUUAAAUGGUCACUCCUACUUCAAUUUGGUCUUAAUUACCAAUGUGGGUGGCUCGGGAGAUGUCCGCUCGGUUUCCAUUAAAGGUUCGAAAACCAAUUGGGAGUCCAUGAACCGAAACUGGGGGCAAAAUUGGCAAAGUUUUAGUUUACUCGACGGGCAAAGUCUCUCAUUUAAGGUCACAACGGGUGAUGGUCGCACGGUUACCUGCGAUGAUGUCAUCCCCACCGGUUGGUCAUUCGGUCAAACCUUCACGGGCCCACAAUUCACUUGA